CGAAGGCCAGACUUGGAACCCGGCUCCCUCCGCGUCGGAACUACGAGUCCCAUGGUUCCUCGCGCGGCGGCGCGCCUCCUGCCCUGCGAGCGGGCACGGAGGGUCGGAGCACGUUGCUAGUGGGCGCGGCCGGCCUCGGCGCUGGAGGCCUAGUGUGUGCUCGAGUCCUGCGGUUCGGCACCCUGCCGUUCGCUCGGCCGGGUUGCCCUACCGAGGCAGCUCCUAAGGGCCUGUGCGGCGGGAAUCCGUGGAGACGUCCCCGCAGCCUGCGAGUCUCUGUGGAAGCUGAAACCCAUCACUGUCCUUCAAAAUGCAAUGGAAUGUACCACGGACUAUGUCUCGGCUGGCAUGCAGGACAUUCUUGGAAGCACAGAAAGCCAGGCUCUUUGAUCACUGUUGGAGCUUAAAAGGACCGUUACUUGUGCAUAGAGGUGAAUACAGAGUGGUUUGGACACCACACCUUCAGAAGCAGUGGCUACAUUUAUCUGCUGUUCAGUGCCUUGCAAAGCAAAGGAAUCUGUUAGAUGCUCAGCCACCCCAGCUGGGGGCCCUUCGCCAGGAACGAUGGGAGCAGGAUGUUUCAUCCAAGAGGGUUUUAUCUUCCAGUUCCACAUCCCAGGAAACUCCUUCAGAAAAAAAGGAAGAAGCAGAUCCUUUACAAGACAAAUCCAUUAGUCUAUAUCAACGAUUUAAGAAAACAUUUAGACAAUAUGGAAAAGUUUUAAUUCCUGUGCAUAUAAUAACUUCUGGUAUUUGGUUUGGAACAUUUUACUAUGCAACUAUAAAAGGAGUGAACGUCAUCCCCUUCCUAGAGGUCAUCGGGUUACCUGACAGUGUAGUAGACAUCCUGAAAAAUUCCCAAAGUGGGAAUGCGCUGACAGCCUACGCCAUGUUCAAGAUCGCAACGCCUGCUCGUUACACUGUGACCCUGGGAGGAACAUCCUUUACCGUGAAGUAUUUGCGAAGUCAUGGCUACAUGUCAACCCCACCGCCUGUCAAGGAGUAUUUACAGGGCAGAAUGGAGGAGACUAAGGAGCUCAUCACAGAGAAAAUGGAGGAGACAAAGGACAGACUCACUGAAAAGUUACAAGAAACCAAAGAAAAAGUUUCGUUUAAGAAAAAAGUGGAAUAAGGGUGCCUUAUUACAGAAAUUCCCACACUUUAACCCUCUGUAGACUCUGGGCAAAGAACAUGUUUCUGAUUUUUUUUUUUUUUUGGUGGGUUUCUUGCCUAAAUGUAUUCAUUCUCUGAGGGUUAAAGAACAAAAAUAGUUUUUUUUUUUUUUAGUUAAAUAACAAUAGGGGGGAAAUCAAUGUUUUUCAAAAUGAAGAAAUUAAUCCAGCACACGUCUUAUAUUAGUUGCAGCAAUAAGCAGUAGAUUAUGUCCUAGAAAUCAGAGUUCUCCUUGCUUCGUUUCUUUGACCCCUGCAGUAAGGGUGUACUGGGCAGUCCCACUCCUAGAGGAGAAGUCAUUAAGUACCCAGUGCUGUGGGAGUGAACUUCCAUCAUUCAAACUCUGGAUGGAGAGACCAGAGACCCUCCCUACCACUUACCAUGUAGACCUUAUUUCCAGAAGGUCGUGUAAAGAAUCAGUCUUACAUUUACAAAUAAGAUACAUUGGCUAUGUAAUGACAUGGAUCUUUUAAAAUGGUUUUUAACUAGAGCUUGUCAACUUCCCAUUUUUUUAAAGCUUGGUGGAUGUCACACAGAUGUUCUUGUGUCUUCUCCAACUAACGUCUGGAGAAAAUGGAGGGUUAUACUCUCUGUUAUUGCCAUCACAUACAUCAGCAAAUCAGGCUCACUGUUUUUAACUACAUCAAGCUUUGAAAGACCACUGCAGAUUUUGGUAGGAGCAGAAGUCUGUAAGCGAGUGUGGAUGAGAUGGACACUCGUGGGUGGUACUUGUAGACAGCAGGCGGGCAGAGCACUGUGUGGUUCAUUGGUUUCCAAGACCUCUCCUGCUGUCACUUCAACUCCUUUGGGAUUUCGGUCUUUCAUCCCUGGUCCAAACAAAAGAGGCCUGUCUGUCAUGGGUACCAUUAGUGUUGUGGCCUAGGUUUCUCAUUGGAAGUGGAAAUUACUGCUUAAAUGUUCUGCUUGACUUUUUAAUAGUGAAAAGCUCACUGCUUGUCAUUCAGCGGCUGUCAGACAAGUCCCAUGACUGUAGCGUGUCUUUCUGUGUGUGUGUGUCUGUCCUUCAGGUCUAACCCUUGAUUUGACACUGGGGCAAGAAGUGCCUCUUUAGAGAGCAUUGGCUUUGACUUAGCAUCAGGAGAAAUGUCAGAGCCCUUGUCACAUUGCUAUCCCAUUCAGUCCCUGCUUCAUGUCAGAGUUUACGUCAAAUGCUUAGUUUAGCCAGAUUUAGGAAAUGAAGGAGUAACUUCACACUUGAGGCACUCAGUCAUUAUAUUGAAACACCAUUUAAGUAUAAAAACGCUGUGGUUGAAGUCUUUCUGGGUUGGAAGAAUUACAGAGGAGAAUUUGUCCUGUUCUCUGUUCUUUUGUUUGUUGGCAGCAUGAUUUCUGAGGCAGAGUUCACUGAGCGCACUGCUACAAACUGACAGCACACUUUCAAAUACAGUAUAAAUAUGGCACCACAUCACAGCAUGCUUACUAAAUAGGAAGGAACUAAAUGCUGGUGCGUUCACAUUUUCCUCCCUUUUAAGAGUGCUAGACUAAUGUGGUGUUGCAUAGAAUUCUUUCUCCUAAAAUCUUUUAUCUGUCGUAGUGCAUAAUUGAAGAGCUCUUAAGACAUUGCUCAUCAUGAGACUGCAGCUUUCUUCUCCUGAGUCAGUAUCUUCAGCCUAGUCCAUCCAGUUUUAUGUCUGGGUUGUGUGAACCCACUUAGAGCAGAUGAGGAAAUACUUGUGUGUGCUUUUAAAUCCAAUGAAAAUAUUUCUAGAGAUCCGAGAAGUUACAUUGUUGCAGUUUGGCACCAGUUAAUGUCAUAAAAAUGCUGUUGCCAGUCAGUGUAUUAUCUUGAAGGCAAGAAACAGCUUAUAGGCCACCCUGUAAUGUGUUGAUAGCAGACAGCAGUAACGUAUCAACUUAAAUUAUCAAAAUAUAUGUGUAGAUUUUUAUAUAUGCUGAACUACAUUUUAUUUAAAGUGGAUCUUGCAUUUCUCUGAGCUGCAAGGGAGCCCAGACAGCUCCAUGCCUGGUAACCACGUCCAUCCUUUUGAAAGAUACACUCGUGUCAUAAAUGGAGCUGGGACUGAGAUGUACUGUUUAAAUAUGAACAAAAAGCAUUUGCCUAGCAAAAUUAAGUUCAAAUGAAGGCUUAGUCUAUUGAAGAAUAAAGCGUAAAACCAGCCUUUUAGAAUAUCACAUCAUUAUUGAGAGCCUUUUGUGCAAAGUGGAGUGCUGUUCAAUCUCACCAAAGGGGAAAAAUGUAUGUUGAAAUUAGCUGGUACCCACAGUGGAAUAAUAAAACUAAGCCUUCCAAUAUAUUCCCCUGAGUUUUCCAUUGUAAGUCUGCCUCCAUCUUCUUUACAGGGGAACGAGCUUGUUUCUGUGGUCUUUGACCAUGGCUCUAGGAAUUUUAAACAUGUUUAUACUUUGGGCAGGAGAGGUGUUUGAAGAAAAGAAAACCGUGUUUUAGACACAGUGAGCUUCUUUUACUGUUCUCUGCACCGUGUGCAAGCUUCAGGAUUUCAUGAUGGCUUCGGAUAGAAAACAAACUAUUACAUAUUAUAAUGGCAGCAAGGGGCUAGAGUGACUUCACAAAUCAGAGGGAAGUGGGAGCUCACCUUUUCUAGUUCUUUUCGAAACAGAGAAGAUUUUUGCAGUAUACACACACAUUUUUCAAUUACUAAAAGACUCCUAAAUAAAAGUUGUUACAGAUUUAAAAGAAUACUUUUCCUGGUAGCUACAGUUCAUUUGCUAGUAUAUUGCUUCAGAUUUUCAAAACUUGAGUUUGCAUACAAGCAAAAAUAGGGUAAAUUUAAAUGGUCAAAAGUUCUCCCUGACCUAUUUAAGUGCCCUUCCUGCACGCCAUUUAGUUGUUGACAUCAAGAACUCGCUGUUUAGUUGACAUAAGCAGGGACAUGCAGGCCUUGGCCUCAUGCCUGAUUAGCACAGGAGCAUGUGGGGAGGGAUGUGUGGGUCUCUGAAUUGGGAAUUUGCAGAACAAGGGCAGGGGAAGCAGUGAGAAAGGUGUCACUUAUGCUUCAAAUAGUAACUGCUUGGUCUCCAUUGGUCCCUGUGUAUGGUAUUUGCCAAUUAUGAAUUGAGUCGGGUAUCCAUUAAAAAAGAGAAAGGGAAGGAAGGAAAGAAAAUUCAUAUACCCAAAGGACAGCAAAGUCUGGACCUCAUGUCUUUCCUGAUGAUUGGAAUGGUCCCAGGACACUUCUUUCCCACAGUCCCUCUUUCACCAUGAACUUUGGCAUGGCCUUUUAAAGAGACUGUUCUCUUACACUCUGAGCUUCUCACAGGUAAAUGCUGAGUGAGGCUCACUGAGUUGAUUUUCCCUCUUGAGGUUUUUUUUUUUUUUCCUUUCCCUUUGUGAUGUCUGUGUCCUUUGGUAGUUCUAUCCAGUCAAAACACGUUCCUAUCUCCUGUGUCUCCAGGGUUGAGCUUUGAAAAUUAAGCUGUAUUCUUCCCUAUACAUCACUGAUAGUCACUAACAGUAAUUACAGAUCCUGAGUAUCCUGUGGCAGUUAUUUGGUUAUUUUUGAUAAGAAUGAUCCUCUUAGCAGGAAGAAUGCACCCUGAUUGUAGAACCCUUAAGGGCAGAGUGGGACAUGGCUUAUUCUGAGGAUUUGCGUGAAUGGUCUUGAAAAGAAAUAGAUAUCAAUCUCAGAAUUGGCUUCUUAGGAAUGAGCUGUGGGGAAGUACAUCAUGGCUGUUUUCUCUGGGAAGGCAGUCUAAAGAACAGACCUCGGGAGAUGAGCAUAUGGCUCACUACCACAGUGUCGCCUCCUUCUUCCUCUUGGCCACCUCCCUUUGUCCAGUCUUUUCUGUCUUGAAUUUUGCCCAAUUUAAAUGUUAGUUCCCUGUCAGUCCCUGAACUGAGGAGGACACGUGCAGGGAGUGUGACAGUGAAAGUCUGCUUGGCAGGGCUGUAAAGCUCAACUCUGGUCAAGUGUGCAAACUCUCACGGAGCGUCCUUUCAAGGGCCUGAGGCUUCCAGCUGCAAUUUCUAGAGCAACGACACUGAAACCUGACUUCCUUUCUAACAAGUUGAAAUCUCUCCCCUUUUUAACCCAUACAUAUAGUAAAAGGCACUUUUUGUCAUAUCUGACAAUUCCAUAAAGAUGCUACACAAAACAGCAGCAUCUCUGUAUCAUCCUUUUCCAAUUAAAUGUUUAUUCUUCAUCCUGGAUUUGAUUUUAGGAAGGGUAACAACAUGUUUUAUGAACACAGGUUAGCUCUUGCCUUGUUUGCAACUCUGUGAGUACUAGAUUGAAGAUCCUAUGACAAGUGUGUUUUUAUUCAUUUGAAUUCAUAUUUCCUUAGGCCUCUUACUAUGGUGGCCAGCUUGUCUCACAGUUGCUUUGCUUCUCUCACACAAAGGGUGCUGGCUGCCCUUAUGUGCUUUGUAUGCUGGCAAUGGCAGUGUAGAGUCAUAGGACUCUGUUACCUGGGACCUCAGUCAGCAUGUGCAUUCUGUUUCCUUGGAGAAGCAGAGGCACAUUAUUGUAGACACACAGCUUGUGCCCUAUACCUCUUUUGACCAGUAACAAAUAGGUGUGCAUUAGACCAAAGUAAAAAAAAAAAUAUUGUCAGGUUGGCAAGAUGGCUCAGCAGGUAAGAGCACUGACUGCUCUACCAAAGGUCCUGAGUUCAAAUCCCACAUGGUGGCUCACAACCACCCAUAAUGAGAUCCAGCACCUUCUUCUAGUGCUGUCUGAACACAGUUACAGUGUACUUAUAAUAAUUAUAAUAAUGUAUUAUAAUAAUAAAUAAAUCUUUUUUUAAAAGGCCCUGCUUAAAAAAAAAGUGGGGAAGGAGGGGAGAAAAUAUUGUCAAACAAAUAUGUCCACAAACACUGAUGCAGUACUUGUUGAAAGAGCAAGCACCUUCGUAGCUUAUACUUUAGGGAGGAGGCGUUUUAGAUUGUCACCCUUUACUUCUGUUCGUACCCCGAUAACUCCAGCGCCAGGCUGUAGAAUUUGACUGAGUAGGUCAUGUUAGGACACCGAAGCCAUGUUUUAGUUGAAGAAAAAAAAACCACCAAGACCUGGGUCUGAAGUUCAGCCAGUCACUUCUCAUGUGGUCCUUUGCCCUUGUGGCAGGGACAAUAGCGGUCGGGCCAGUUGAGGACGUUUGUCGGUGAUACAUUAGUAACCUGGCUCAGAGGUUGAUCCCCUUCAUCGUUCCUUCAUCUUUUGGAGCUGAACUUCAGACCUACCUUUCUUUAGACUCUACUCACUCUGCUUAUCUUACUUUUAGAGUAGCCUGGAAGGGGGACAGUUAAAAGAUCCCAGGACUUUGCUUUAGCUUCAUUUUCCCUUUCAUGUAGAGGUAUAAUAGGGUCGGGGUGAGAGGCUAAAGGUCCAGUCUCACACUGUCCCCUGUCGCCAUCCAGUGAGGCUGGCCUUAGCAAAGCACUCGAAUUGCAGUUUUCACGCACUUAACACAACCCAUACAUGAGACUCUAUGUUCUCUUCCAGUCAUAAAAACACCUUUUUGCCUUUUCCUGAAUCCACAUUCGAGAGCAGUGAAGGAGGAAAACAGCAAUCAAGUCUAGAAUUUAUUCAUAUAAGCAAACAUUUCACAUGUCAUGAAACGUUUGGCCUCAAGAAAUUCUCAGUGUCUCCUUGAUUCAAAAUGAGUCCACCUUUUUCUUCCUGCCAAUGUGUAAUACUAGACAGUGGCCAUGGUGUCUGAGGCUGUGUCCGUAGCAUGUUGAAGCCAGCUGAGGCUUAUUUUCCACUUAAUUGCUGCCGAUGGCUAGAACAUCGGAAGCCAUUGGAAACUGGUAUUUAUGGGAAAUUUUGGUGUGGUGAAGUUCAAGAUAUCCUCAGGAAAUACUAGGUUUCACCAAAAGAGAGUGCUUUCCCUCUGUUGAGUCCCAUGAAAAGGAAGUUGAAAGCCUGUGAUACAUUUAUUAAGAGGGCAGAUUUCCUGUGAAGUAUUCCCAGUCCCAUAAAAGGAAAACAGAACUGUGUGCAG